AUGGACCCCGAACUUGGGCUGGCAGAUAAGAUUUUCUUGAAAGACAAGGUCCGAAAACCGCAGCCUCGUCACCUUCAACAGCGAGUUGAUUACCUGCUUAAGAUGAUGGACAAAUCACUAAACGGCAUGAACAGUCAGAAGGCCACUUUGAACCGUAAGCGAAAAGCACCAAACAGUGAUGGGAAAUCGGGGCCAGUCGACGAAAAGAAGCGGCGAGAAAAGGAACACAAACAUCAUCAUCAUCACGCUAUACAGGUUAAAACUGCAACAGCCACUCGUGACAAGACGCUUACAGAUCAGUUGGCUUUAGUGCUGAUUGAAAAGUCUAUCUAUGGGCAAGCUCUUGAGAAUACGAGCGAUCGGCCGUUUUCUGAAUGUGUGAAAAUGAUGCGACCAGUGCAGAAAUAUAUCAAAAAGCUUACUGAGGCUGGUAAUGAAAAAGAGGCGGCCAAGUACCUAAUGCGAUUAGGUGACAACUGUCGUGAUCAGUUGGAUGAGAUGCUCAAAAAGAAGCCAAAGACAAAUAUUCGUAAAUGGUAUAACUAUAUGUGGAUUUUCCUAUCAAAGUUUGUGUCUCAGGAGCCAAUGGAGAUGUUGCAGAAGUAUCGAGAACUUUGUGCAAUGAAUCAUCGACAUAAGCAUCGAGAUCGAGAGCACCAUCAUAUUCAAAAAGAUCACUCGCCACAGAAGAACGAUGGCGAAAAGAGGGAAAAGGACUUGGAAAGGAAAGAUGGCAAAGAACAACAU